CAAAAUAUCAAAAUCCUAAGCCCUAAUUGUCCAAUUUCCCAUCAGCAAUGGAUCUUCUUCAAGCAUACGCCGAGGGAGGCGAGUUCGACAUCGACGACGCCAAUUCUCCACCUCCGCAAAACCCUCCGACCGCCACCGACGCUGAUGAUACCAUCACUUCCUCCCCGGACUCCUCGCCGAUGCGACUUUCACUGCCGUCGAAGUCUUCCGCCCCAAAGGUCGAUGAUACAAUGCUGGCCCUAACCGUAACAGGUAAUAAAGCUCAAUCCAAGCCUCUGGAUCCUACUCAGCACAUGGUUUCGUUCAACCCUACGUAUGAUCAACUAUGGGCACCGAUUUACGGUCCGGCCCAUCCGUAUGCGAAAGACGGAAUUGCUCAAGGGCUUAGGAAUCAUAAACUCGGGUUUGUUGAAGAUGCUUCGAUUGAACCCUUUGUGUUUGAUGAACAGUACAAUACUUUUUAUAAAUAUGGGUAUGCGGCUGAUCCCUCUGGGAAUAAUUUCGUCGGUGAUUUGGAUAAGCUGCAGGAAAGUGGCGCGGUUUCUGUGUAUAAUAUUCCUCAGAAUGAGCAGAAGAGGAGGAGGAUUGAUAAAAAGAAAGAGAAGUUGGAGAAAUUGGGUGAAGUUGAUGGGGAGGAAGCCGGAGAUAUGGAUGUGUCCGAGGUUGAUAAUCCGGCAACUGAGGCUUGGAUUAGGAAGAAUAGUAAGAGUCCUUGGGCUGGAAAGAGGGAGGGAGUUGGUGGCGAGUUGACUGAGGAGCAGAAAAAGUAUGCUGAGGAGUACGCAAAGAAGAAGGGUGAAGGAGAGAACGAGGGUGGGAAAAGUAAUGCGGGUAUGGCUGAUAAGAGUACUUUUCAUGGAAAGGAGGAGAGGGAUUAUCAAGGAAGGUCGUGGAUUGCACCUCCUAAGGAUGCGAAAGCUAGUAAUGAUCAUUGUUAUACACCGAAAAGAUUGGUGCAUACUUGGAGUGGGCAUACUAAAGGGGUUUCUGCUAUUAGGUUUUUCCCAAAACAUGGGCAUUUGUUGCUGUCUGCUGGGAUGGAUACAAAGGUGAAGAUAUGGGAUGUGUAUAAUUCAGGGAAAUGCAUGAGGACUUACAUGGGGCACUCAAAGGCUGUCAGGGAUAUAUGGUUUAGUAAUGAUGGAAGCAAGUUUUUGACUGCCAGCUAUGAUAAGAAUAUAAAGUACUGGGAUACGGAAACUGGGCAGGUGAUAUCAACCUUUUCCACAGGGAAGAUACCAUAUGUGGUGAGGCUCAAUCCAGAUGAGGAUAAGCAGAAUGUGCUUUUGGCUGGGAUGAGUGAUAAGAAAAUUGUGCAGUGGGAUAUGAAUACUGGGCAGAUUACUCAGGAAUAUGAUCAGCAUUUAGGGGCAGUGAACACAAUCACGUUUGUGGAUAAUAAUAGGAGGUUUGUUACUUCGAGUGAUGAUAAGUCACUGCGUGUUUGGGAGUUUGGGAUUCCAGUUGUUAUAAAGUAUAUAAGCGAACCGCAUAUGCAUUCAAUGCCAUCCAUUGCCUUGCACCCAAAUUCUAAUUGGCUUGCUGCACAGAGUUUGGAUAAUCAGAUUCUUAUUUACAGUACAAGGGAGAGGUUUCAGCUUAAUAAGAAGAAGAGAUUUGCAGGGCAUAUUGUAGCUGGAUAUGCUUGUCAGGUUAACUUCUCACCAGACGGACGUUUUGUCAUGUCAGGAGAUGGUGAGGGCAGAUGUUGGUUUUGGGAUUGGAAGAGUUGCAGGGUUUUUAAGACCCUUAAAUGUCAUGAAGGGGUAUGUAUUGGCUGCGAAUGGCAUCCAUUGGAGCAGAGUAAAGUAGCUACAUGUGGAUGGGAUGGUCAAAUUAAAUAUUGGGAGGUUGGUGACUUGGAUGACUUGUACCGACAGGCAUAUCUUUCAGGGACUAACCUUGAAGAUGAAGAAGUCUGCUCAACCUGUGGCUGGACCACCUUUGAAGAUGGAGUGUGCCCAACCUGUGGAUCCUGUUACAAUUUGUAUGAUGUUAAACCUUUCAGCGGACCAAUGAUGGUAGAGCCCCAAAAAAGUUGAUAAUGUGCCCAACUGGCUGGUUGUGCCAGUGGACUAGAGCUCAAAAUAUGGAUCUCUAUCUUAUUCUACCAUGUUCAUCUUCCUUCGGCUGCCAUUGAACUUGGAUAUUUGUGAGAGGCCAGGUCCACAGUGAUGAGAUAUCACUAGUUUAGCUACUGAUGUUCUCAUGCCAUUUGUUUGCUUUUUCAUUAAUCGACAUUGUAACAUACGUUUGCUAAAUGGUUUUGGAUUUUGUAAGAGAGAGUAAUGAUAGGAAAUCGCAUUGCAAAAAUAAUUUCUGUUUUUGCUAUUCUGUGUUUGGAAAAGAAUAUUCCAUCUGUGAACUGCAUUAGAGGGUCAUGAACCCCUUUUAAAAUCUGUAAAUAAUAAUAUAUUAACCCUGCUCUUUCUAUCAA